GAAUUGUGGCGCACGGUUUUUACGCAGGAUUUUGAAUUUUCACGUGCAUUUUUGUAAUAUAAAACGUCGAGCGAGGUCGUAGUAUCGCAAUGACCAGAUCAAGAACAAGCAGCUUUCGAACCGGUAGCGUGAGGUCCAUCAUGCCAGUCACCACAAGUUCCAGCAUAUUCGGACGGAGUAUGUUCGAAAAAUUUGUACCGAAGCAACCAAAAAAGAAAAUUAAAACGUUUUAUGAUAACUGGGCAGAGCACUAUGAUUGUGACAUGUUGGAUAUGGGCUACAGGUUGCACGACGUGGCAACCACAAUACUAAUGGAGAACAUGGAAAACUGCACCGAUGAUGAUUGCUUCGUUAUUGAUUUCGGAUCCGGUACUGGUCUUAUUGGGAAUAAAUUGCGAAAAAAAGAUUUUAAUGGAAUUCUACAUGGUGUGGAUGAAAGUCGCUCCAUGCUUGAAAUGGCAAAUCGAAAACAUGUUUAUGACGAUUUAUACCAGCAGCAUUUAGCAGUCAACGAGAAAAUUGACAUCACAGAAAACUUAUUGUACGAUGGUUUAUCAUGUGUAGCGUCGUUUGGAACAGAACAUAUUCAUCCGAAGAUGUUUCCUGAUUUUGUAAACCUUGUGAAAGGCGACGGUGUCUUGGUUUUCACGGCUCCGAAUCAUCCGCGAGACGAAACAGAUAAAGUCGAAUUAGAAUCCGAAAUUAAAAAACUCGUUGAAAAAGAAACGAUUCGAAAAAUAAGUGAAACGACGGAAUGUUAUUUCACUCAAGGUAGAACAUCAAGAGAAUCACAUAUGGCUGCUACAUGUCAACUUUAUUGCUACAAGAAAAAUCCGGAUAAUACGCAAUUCACGAAAUUUUGAAGAUUUGAAAAAUGGUAGAAGUAUUUUUCGUUUUAUAUGGAAUCAGUACAUGGAAGAUGUGUAAAAAUAUACAGUUGGGUAACUGUCUCUAGAUGUUUCACAACUUCUUUAUGCUCUGAUUGUUGCGAAAACUCACAAUUUCUCGCGUUAAGAUAUGGAAGAUCUAAGUAGUGAGUCGCAAAUCUUAGAUUGAGUUGGCCCAAGUAUUCGGAUGAAAUACGCGA